AUGAGCACAUCCAACAUCCGGCCUCGAUCCCACCAGAUCGAACCGAAAUCGAAACCAUCGGCACAGUUGACUCGGUGCGAUGAGUUGUGGUACGAGGACGGCAGCAUCAUCCUCGCCGCAGAAGGGAUAGGGUUCAAGGUCUAUCGCAUGCUGCUAGCUCAACACUCUGCCGUAUUCGCCGAUAUGCUCGCGCUCUCGGAACCGAGCGCGAAUAUCGAUCCUCUACACGGUUGUCCGCUCGUGCACAUGCCGGACUCGGCGGAAGAGCUACGUUACCUGUUACUUGCUAUCCAUGACAUCGACCCAGCAGCAUACUUAAAGCGCGCGUCAUUCGCUGGAGUGCUUGCCGUCGCAGCUCUGUCCGCGAAGUACGAUAUCGCAGCCCUCCAAGACUGCUCAGCACGGCGUCUCGAAUACUGGUAUCCUUCCGACAUCCUCCGGUGGAAUUCGACGAUUAGUAGUCGCUCAAAGUUAACGAGUGCAGACCACGCCAAAUCGCUCAGGGUGGCACGAAAACUCUCCCUUGACCCCUCCGUUCGCGUGAUGAUGAUGUUCGCGCUGUGCGAAAUGGGUAUCAAGGCGAUUGCUAGCGCAAACUUGGAGCCUGAUGACUUGGAAGACGUGAUGGGUGGAUUUGUCAAGCUGCAGGUCGUUCGGCGCAUACGCUCAUUCAGUUGGCUAUGCGGUCUUCCGAAGGAUUGUCCGAACUGGCGUGCGUGUAGCGCCGUGAAGGCAAUGCUCUUCAAAAACUUGGUGGAUCUCGAUCCAACCACGCACAAACUCGAUCUCUACAGCUCUACCACCGAAGAAGAUUUAUCGCAGCACAUGCCGCAGGGUCGUGAUCUGUGCUCCAACUGCACCGAAAGCGCCCUCGACUGCAUAAGAACAGGAUCGUUCGAUAUCUGGGGAGAUAUCUUGACAGCGUUCGAUCAUCAUGUCUAA